UCGUCAGGUCGACGGACGCUGCCUUGGAAACGACAUAAAUCCAGUCCACGCAGCUGGGUCGCGAGCAAGGGACCCAGAUUUUCCUCACUUCAAAGGCUUCCUCUUCCUCCUCUUCCUCCACCUCCUCUUCCUCCACCUCUCUCUCCAUCCAUCCAUCGAGCUGCGAAGAUGUGCGACCUGAAAUGAAAUGCAGAUCAACGGAGAGAACCAUUUAAAUAAGCGAGAGAAGAAGAAGAAGAAGAAGAAGAAGACCGCAGCCAGGCGUAGACCAGCAUGCCGUUGGUGAAGAGGAACAUUGAGCCCCGGCACCUGUGCCGCAUGGCAUUGCCGGACGGGGUGACCAGUGAGCUGGAGUGCGUCACCAACAGCACCCUGGCAGCCAUCAUCAAACAGCUGGGCAGUCUGAGUCGCCAUGCGGAGGACAUUUUCGGGGAACUGUUCAUCGAAGCCAACAGCUUCUACCUGAGGAUGAGCAGCCUACAGGAGAGAGUGGACCAGCUGGCCGUGAAAGUCACCCAGCUCGACUCCACCGUGGAGGAAGUCUCCCUGCAGGACAUCAACAUGAGGAAGGCCUUCAAGAGCAGCACCAUCCAGGACCAGCAGGUGGUGUCGAGGACCUCCAUCCCCAACCCCGUGGUGGAGAUGUACCGCCGCUGUGACAAACCUCCCCCGCUCAACAUCCUCAGCCCCUACAGAGACGACAAGAAGGACGCGCUGAAGUUCUACACCGACCCGUCCUACUUCUUCAAUCUGUGGAAGGAGAAGAUGCUGCAGGCCACCGAGGACAAGCGCAAGGAGAAGCGACGGCAGAAGGGCUGUCCGGCCCACCCCGACAGGCCCCACUCCAGACAGGCCCCACCCAGGAGCCCCCUGUCCAUCUCCGAGCAGCAGAAGCAGGUUGAGGACCCGGGCAGAGAGGUGAAGAAGGUGCGUAAGGCUCGUAAUCGGCGUCAGGAGUGGAACGUCCUGGCCUACGACAAAGAGUUCAGACCAGACGCCAGGCUCACGCCCUCACCUUACCAUGGCAUGUCCUCAGAAGGCUCACUGUCCCCUGAUAGCAGGUCAAUGGCGUCCGACUCUUACCCCGCCAGCCCCAACCACCCCUCCACCCAGGCCCCCAGCGCCGUCCACCCCGCCGACCACUCCAGGGACCACCUCACCGCUGCGCCCCAGACUCAGUCCCUGGAUCGGGUCCUCAGGCCGCCCAACCAGCCCCCGGGACCCGGAGGGCCGGCGCCGGCAGGGCGACACGCGGCCUCCCUGGGCCGGACCCCGUCGGGACACGGGGUCCAGGCUGGUGGAGAUCCCACGGUCAACGGGCCGAGGCAACAGUCGGUUAAGGAAUACCGGGCCGGGCACGGCGGCCAGCCCUCCACCAUCCCAGAGUACUACAUCCCACCCGCCCCUCCUCCUCCCCCUCCCCCGACCAUCCCCUCGGCGCAGACCGCCUUCGACUCUACUACCGCCCCGCCCUCUGCCGCCGCCGCCUCUGCCGUCCCCCCCACCUCCUCCACCCUCUCCCGUCCCUACUCCCCCUCCCCUCCUCCUCCCCCGGCCAACUACGUGCCCUCCCCCUCCCACCCUCCGUCGGGCGCGCCCCCGGCCGCCCCUCCCCCGCCGCCACCCGGAGCCCCCACGGGCUACCUGGCUCACCCGUCGCCGACGCAUGCCGUGGACGGGGCGCCCUCGGCCAGGAAGUCCACCAUGCCGGGGAUGAUCCCGAUAAGCGACGCACGCUCCGACCUGCUGGCAGCCAUACGUAGAGGCAUCCAGCUGAGGAAGGUGCAGGAGCAGAGGGAGCAGGAGGCGAAGAGGGAGCCCGUCGGCAACGACGUGGCCACCAUCCUGUCGCGCCGCAUCGCCGUGGAAUACAGCGAGUCCGACGACGACUCCGAGCUCGACGAGAACGAGUGGUCCGACUAAGCGUUUAGUCUAAAGAGUGAGACGAGGGUGGGUGGGUGUUUGACAGAGGUGGAAACAUUGAGAUGGAAAUGAAGGGGUUCGGAUUAAUGUUUAGCAUUAACAAUUUCACAGAAAGAAUAAUCAGUAAAAUUCAUACAUUAACGAAGCCUCUGUGAACAUCGAGCGCUUCAACAGCAACAGGUUGGCGACUCACUCGCACCAUUUCAGCCCCCGCCCGCUCAUCUUUAACCACUUAACACUCGGCUGUGAAAAACAAAACCUCUCCCUUCCUUCAUAUUUGCUAAUUAUUAGCAACGCUACAUGUGGAGAGCCUGUAACAACUGUAGUCAGGUGGACCCCCAGUGAGUACGGGGGGGUAAUGUGUUUACAAAGCACAUGGUAUAGCACAAGAACAACUCAUUAUACUGCAAUCUUAACUUAUCUGCCAAAUGUUUGAGAAAGAAUUUAUAAGAACAAUCAGGGAAUACAAAAUAUAAAGGAUGACUCCGUCGGGCCGUGCCUGUUUACGAAACAUGUGCACUCCGCUUAAGAGCCUACACUGUCAUUUUGGGAGUUUGGUCAUUUUAGUAACCAAAGUGAGACAAUAGAUUCAGCAUCAAAAUCAUCUCUGUGUUGUGAACUUCGGGCUCGUGUGCAGUGCUGAUGGUUGAUUAGCAUAUAGCUUAGCAUAAUUCCCUAGCGUGAUCGUAAUGUUCUGCAGGGUGUAUCGUUAAACGAUACUUUAAAUCAGGAAUAAAAACUUUGGAGCUACUUAACGUUUUGUAAGCGGGCCUCUUGCUUGAGUUGUAGCUUAAACAGGAAUUGAAUACAAACUGCUCUGUGAAAAUGUGCUGAAGUUCAUAACGACUGGACAAGCACCAGGUGAAAGAAUCCACAGAAGUCAGAGGGCCAAACUCCCAGAAAGUCAGUGCAGUCCUUAAACUCUCUCACUUUGUGACGAGCAGUGUUGUGCAAUAGAUGAAACUGUGACGAAAGACGCCACCCGCCCAUGUUUACGCUGGUUUGGGAAAACAAGCGCCACUAGCUUUGUUGAAUCAUCAUUUUUAUUUUUGCUCUUUUUGUAGUCGUUCAUGACAUGAAGCCUGACAUUUCAUUGACUGUGUGCCGUGUGGUAUUGGUCUUAAAUAAAUGCUUCAGCUCUUAAACACACACCGGAGCUGCAAUCACACAAGCUUGUCAUCCUACCGCUGUCCGUUGGAGGCUUUGUGAACGCAGCCCCGCGGACUAUAAAUGCAUAUGUGUAAGAGACCUGCAACAGUAAUCUCCAGUAUAUUCUCUCUCUCUUUUCAGUAUAGGUUUGGCUAAUCCUCGCUAUGAGCUGGUUGGACUGUAGUGUUUUUAUAAUGUGGGUUUUUUUCUUUUUUUUAAAUUGUGCUGCGGUGAGUUGUUGACUUUGGUUUAUUUUUAGGGUUUUCUACUCAAAGCCAGGAUCGAGGUACCAGAUAAAGUCAGAGACGCCAGUUAAAGGAUAGUUCAAAUCUCGAGCCAAAGCACCGUCUCAAUAUCCCGUAAAAAGCAGGAUUCAAGCAGCAUUCAAUGCUAGAUUUUGCCUCUCUUAAUACUAAAUAUAUAGAUAUAUAUAUAUAUAUAUAUAUUCAUUUCCUGUUAUGAUGCCGCUCACAUGCGCUGCAACAGGAAAUAAACUGGGACACGUUUGGAACGUUUACAACUGUCGGUGCCACAAAUUGGCAGUAAAGCAUUCUGGGAAGUGUAGUGCUCCUAUAUUUGGUAGCACCACCUCUUUUUUUUUUUACGUGAAAGACAUUCACCGAUACAUAGAGUAUUUAUCCUUUUAUGUUAAUCUCCUUGUGAAGACGAUCUUAGACGAUUUUAAAAUUGCUUUAAUUGAAUAUUUAGCACUUAAUAAAAACAGCAAUUAGACUACAUUUGAAUGUGUAGCCUGCUUCACAUAAAGAAAUGCUGUUAAAGCAGGUGUUAUGUAACCAUGAUGUCUGUAAGAGCAUCACAUUUUCCAACCAAGUUUGGCCUAUUUUUAACUUUUGAUCUUUAAAUCACCAAAACGAACGAGCGUAUCGGUUUAUGACAGAAAACAUUACGAUUUUGAAAGAGAUGUGGCUCCAAAGUAGUUAUUUUGUUGUAUAUAAAAACCACACAAUGAGGAGACGGCUCACUCUGUUGAAGAACACACAUUUACAACUGGAAAACAGACCGGACGAUGGAGGGAUGGUUGGUAUCGCAUUUAUGGACUUUAUUGAAGCAAAAAAGCACUUAGACACAGGACAGAUUCACCAAGGAACACAAAUAUCUAAGAGACCUAGAUACACGAGUCUCCGUGAGUCCUAGAAUAAGAAGAUGCUGGUAAAACACUGAUUACCAAUCAUUCUCAACUACCAAAUCUGGGAGACAAAGUACAUCAAAGUCUCGUGUCUCUGAGCGGAGGCUCAAGAAGCCGAUAUUUCAAAUCAACCUCGUGUUUCUGUGGCUACUGGCUUGUGAGAAAACUUCAUUACGUGUUGAAAAUGUGAGAAAUGAAUCAUGUUGUAUAGACUUUUGGCGAGGCAGCCUGUGAAGUAAAAAUACAUUUUGGGGUAAUAUAACAUAGACAAUGGAACAAAAAUAAAACUGUGUUGCACACUAAAACAAACUGUAAGCGAGUAUGCAUGUAACUAUAGACAAUAAAUGGUGAACAAAAGUGA